AUGCGGUCUAUUACUGUCUUGCUUUUCGUUAUAGCCCUUUCAUCUGUAAAAGGACAAACUACACAACUGCCUAAUUAUUCAUGUAGUGAAAAUAAUGCUUCUAUUCAGUUUACACUAUCUUCAUCAUCUCAUUCAGCAUCGAAUUCAACAUCAAGUUGUUCUUUACAACAAUGUAAUACGAGUUUGAAUAAUAAUGAUAAUUGUCGUUUAUCAUCAACACCUUGUUUUGAUUAUCGAACAAUAAAUAAUAUUAGUUAUUGUGCACCUGGUAUUUUAUGUUCAAUAUUAGAAAGAUGUGAUAAUAUUACACAAAUAUGUUCAUCAAAUAAUUCAGUGUGCGUUAUUAAUUCAUGUUGUUCAUCGCAAGCAGUAUGUUUACCAUUCUUAGCGACACAAAUGUGUAAAACAGGAUGGUUUUCUACUGGCAAUAUGAGUGCUGCACGAUAUGCUCACACAGCAUCUGUAUUAUUAAAUGGAUUAGUAUUAGUUACUGGUGGCUUCGAUUUUAGUAAUUAUUUAAAUAGUGUUGAGCUGUAUGAUCCAUCAACAGGCACUUGGACAACUACCGGUAGCAUAACUGAGGCACGAUCUGCUCACACAGCAUCUUUAUUAUCAAAUGGAAAAGUAUUAAUUACUGGUGGAUACAAUGGCAGUUUUUUAAAUAGUGCUGAGCUCUAUGAUCCAUUAACAAGUAUUUGGACAACUACUGGUAACAUGAUAAAUGCACGCUAUUCUCAUACAGCAUCAUUAUUAUCAAAUGGAUUAGUAUUAGUUACUAGUGGUGAAGGCGCUGGGAAUAUUGUUUUAAAUAGUGCUGAAUUGUAUGAUUCAUCAACAGGUACUUGGACAAUUACUGGUAACAUAACUAAUGCACGAUGGGGUCACACAGCAUCUGUAUUAUCAAAUGGAUUAGUAUUAGUUACUGGUGGAUACAAUGGUAGUAUUGUUUAUAAUAGUGCUGAGCUGUAUGACCCAUCAACAGGUACUUGGGCAAGUACUAGUAGCAUGACUAAUGCACGAUAUGAUCACACAGCAUCUGUAUUAUCAAAUGGAAAAGUUUUAGUUACUGGUGGUGUAGACAAUGGUUAUAUAUCUUUAAAUAGUGCUGAGCUGUAUGAUCCAUCGGCAAGUACUUGGACAACUACUAGUAACAUGACUAAUCCACGACAAGCUCACACAGCAUCUGUAUUAUCAAAUGGAAAAGUAUUAGUUACUGGUGGAUAUGGUAUUAGUAGUGCUUUAAAUAGUGCGGAGCUGUAUGAUCCAUUAACAAGUACUUGGACAGCUACUAGUAACAUGAUUAAUGUACGACAAUCGCAUACAGCAUCUAUUUUAUCAAACGGAAGAGUAUUAGUCACUGGUGGAGAUGAUAAUAGUGUUUCUUUCAACAGUGCAGAAUUAUAUUAA